AUGUCUGGAACUGGUGCACCCAUCUCGGCUCCCACGGUCAAGUCGAUGUUCGCCAGCGGCGUCGACGCGAUCCCACUCGACGAGGUCCCGCAUCUUUACGGCGGUGAGACAGCUCCCGCUCCCCUGAACAUCAUCGUCGUUGGCGCCGGCCUCGGUGGUCUUUCGGCCGUGCACACUCUCGCCCAGGGCGGCCACAAGGUGACGCUCCUCGAGGCCGCGCCUAAGCUCGGCGAUGUUGGCGCCGGUAUCCAGGUGUCGCCGAACGCGUCCCGUUUGCUCAUCCGCUGGGGUCUCAAGAGCGCGCUCGAGUCUUCGGCAGUCAAACCCCAUGCCAUUGUCUUCAACCGCUACAACACCGGCGAGCGCGUCGGCUACACCCGCUGGGGCGACCUGAUGGACGAGACAUACGGCGCUCCCUACCUCCACAUCCACCGCGCCGACUACCACGCCAUGCUCCUCCGCCUCGCCAAGGCCGCUCCCGGUGUGACCGUCCGUCUUGGUGCCUUCGUCACCGAUGUUCAGCCCGAUCCGGCUGCUGAGGGUGGCCCGAGCGUUACCCUCGCGAGCGGCGAGGUUCUCCAUGCCGACCUCAUCGUCGGCGCUGACGGUGUCAAGAGCCGCAUCCAGUCGAUCGUCACUGGCCAGCCCCCUGAGGACCCUGAGCCCACCGGCGACUGCGCUUACCGCGCGACGAUUCCCACCGAGCUCCUCCUCAAGGACCCCGAGCUCAAGCCCUUCGUUGACGAGCCCAACAUGAUGGCGUGGAUGGCACCUGGCCGCCACUUGAUGGCGUACAACAUCCGUAGCAUGCAGGAGUACAACAUGGUUCUUCUUCUCCCUGACGACGGUUCCGUUGAGGCGUGGGAUGUUGAGGGUUCUGCGGACAAGAUGCGCGCAGACUUCGGCGACUUUGAGCCUCGUGUCCAGAAGUUGUUGGGCUUCGUCACCUCGACGCUCAAGUGGCGCCUCAUGGGCCGCAAGCCCCUGCCCACCUGGGUGCACCCCGCUGGCCGCGUCGUCUUGCUCGGCGACUCUUGCCACCCCAUGCUUCCGUAUCGUGCUCAGGGUGCCGCCAUGGCCGUUGAGGACGCCGGUGUUCUCGGUGCUCUCCUCCAGAAGGUCUCGCACGUCGACCAGCUCCCCUCGCUCCUCAAGGCGUACCAGGAGCUCCGCUUCGACCGCUGCACUGAGACCCAGCGCUCGUCGCGCCUUAACCGCCACAUCUUCCAUCUCGAGGACGGUCCCGAGCAGGAGGCGCGUGAUGCCAGCAUGCGCGUCGCCAUGGCCGCUGAGUCGGUCUACCCCGCCCCGGCGCGUCUCCCUGAGGGCAGCCUCGAUGGCAACGCCAACCAGUGGGCUGACCGCACCAAGAGCAUCGCGCAGUUCGGCUACGACGCUGACAAGCAGGUUGACGCCUGGUGGGCGGAGCACCGCGAGGAGGUCCUCGCUAUCGGCUCGGAGCAGGCUAAGCUCUAG